AUGAGCAUUCAUGGCUUGCGAGACCUCUGGAAGCAAAUUCCUUGCUGCAAUACUGACAAGGAACCUUGGCGGCAUCAGUCCUCGUACUCACUUUGGCUUUGGGAGCCAUAUCGCACAGUUACGGAGGGUGGUAGUAGACGUGGAACCCACAAUCUUAUCACGCUGAUCACUGCUGGAGUAUCUAUUUAUAUCAAGGCUCACCUCAUCAGUGUCGAGGAUGAGCCUUAUCCCCUUUCGGGGAGUGUGCCGCCUUUUCGGAUCCAAGUUCGUUCAUUUCUCCCGACUCCUUACGGGGAACUCGCUGUAUCUUCGGAGUACACAUCUUAUGAGUAUACUGCUCACUGGACGGACGGAAGCCCUCGACCGCGUACUAUGGUAAACGUCAUUCUCCUUAUCCCCGUGUUCGUUCCGUCUGAAAGGUGCUCGGGCAAAGAGUCAUCGUUUCUCCCCAUGGGCCUCAACACUCAUGCAGCGUCUCACUGCAAAUACACAUGGCCUCCGCAUGUUACAUUACAUAUGGCUCAGUCUGCAGCCUCGCCACCGAAUAGCUCCACUUAUGUAGGCGCUCGUGGCGCUUCUGCACGACGUCAAGUCGGACGCUGGGCGCCGGUCCUGGGUUCAUACAAAUUCUUCCCGUUAGGUUCCACGUAUGGAAUGAUUGACAUCCUUGAAUCCUUCGCUGGCACGAAUAAGCACUUGAAUUUACCUCCCAUAAGCCGUCCGCAGGAUGCGACCUGUCCUAACUCCGAGUUUGGCUUGGAGGGCGCUCCUCCUACGACUUGA